UAUCGUGAUCGAACGUUCGCUCUUUUCUUUUCUUUCGUUCUUUCUCGUCAUUUCUUUUCCGGAACAUCAAAUAACAGUGCAUCAAUGAUAAUAAUAAAAUAGAUACAAAGUACGCUAUCGGUGAAUGAAAGGAUGCCAAUACAUCAAAGCGACUGAUCGUCUCUAAUACGUUGCAAUAAUCGAUGUAGACCGUGUACAAGUGUACCAGUUCAAUGUCCUAACAUACCAGAAUAUUAGCAGUACGAUAUGAGAUUUCUGAAGAGCCACGACAUAUCUAUCAGCUUGACGUCGAUUUUUAUGAAACUCGUUGGAUUAUGGACGUCGAAAAACCAAUUGGAACGACGCGUCAGACUUAUUACGCAGAUUUACACGUUCGCCAUUAUUCUCUUUGCUCUAUGGUUAGAGCUUACGGAUAUUUAUUAUUCUUUCGGUGAUCUGAGUACCUGCCUUUACAACGUGUGCAACAUUUUGGCGGUUUUAAUGCCUCUUCUGAAGAUGACCGUAUUGCUUGCACAUAAACAAGAACUUUUUCAUUUAAUCGCAUAUACGCAACGAAGAUUUUGGCACGAGAAUUACGAUGAGUACGAGAAAAGGAUUUAUAUGAACUGCAAACGUAAAUGUACCGUCUUUGUUUGUUUCGUAAUAUUCACCACCAAAGCGACCCUUAUUUGUUACGCCCUUAGUCCAAUUCUUGAAAAUAUUGGAAGGAACGAGUCAGCCAGAGAAUUUCUAUUUAAUAUGUGGAUUGAUCUACCACUGACAAUGUCCCCGUACUAUGAAAUAACAUUCAUGUUACAGCUCAUGACAUUGUACCAUAUUGGAGUCGGCUACUUCUGUUUCGACAAUUUAUUAUGCGUCAUGAAUCUACACUUGGCUACUCAAUUUCAAAUACUGCAAUAUAAAAUGUCCCGCAUGACCGAUUUAACGAAUAAAGGGAAGGGAGAAACAAAUCUACAAUUUUUCUCAGCAUCAUCGGCAAAUAAAUGUUACACUGUCUUUAAGAUGUAUGUUCAACAACAUCAAGCUCUCAUAGCUUAUUGUGGAAAACUGGAAUCGGUAUUCAAUUUGCCUGUUUUGGCGCAAGUGCUGGCGUUCAGCUUGGUAAUGUGUCUCGAUGGGUACCAGAUACUUAUGCCAGGGGCACCUACCAGAACACGUUUCAUCUUCAGCUUCCAAUUAAUAGCCUGUCUAUGCCAAUUACUGAUGUUCACCUACAGUUGUGACUGCAUCAUGCAAGAAAGCGCGAGCAUAGCUUUGGCAGUGUAUAAAGGACCUUGGUCAUUUUUGCCUCCAACCAAAAGCGGUAUGAUGAUGCGAAAGGACUUGAUACUCGUUACUAUAAGAUCUGGCGUACCUUGUUGCAUAACAGCCUAUGGAUUCUUCGUCGUGUCUCUAGAAACAUACACUCGGGUUUUAAGUACUGCGGUAUCAUAUUUCACACUGUUAAGACAAACUACACAGGAGACCCUCUAUUCGUAAUAUACAUAUUUCACUUGCAAGUAUACAGAAUGUAUAUAGAAUGUAAAAUAGUAACAGGUGAUGAAAUAUCUAAGGGGUGGUGCUGCAAAGCGAAAUAAAACUACAAUGAAAAAUAAAAAGAAUUACAUUUGAAGUUUGAUUCGUUAUAUGUUGACGCUUAAAAGUCGAGUUACACUCAUAUUCAAUCAUCAAAAUAAUCCAUAUUCAUAAAUCCAUUCGGGUGCAUAUUGCCGCUCGGUAUUCUUCUACAACACGAACACGCGAACAAGUGUGUAUAAAUUUCUUAUUAUUUUUAUAACAAUCACUAUUCGGUAAUUUCGAUUGGAACUUUCAUAUCCACUAUUUGCCUUCGUAUCCUUCUACCAACCGUCUUAUCAAAUAAUUCAACUAUAGUAUAUUUUUUCGAGAGUUAAAAGUGUUUAAAAGCAUCACAUCGGUAUAGUAGAACAUAAUGA